GUCGGUAUCAUCACCUUCUCUAUAUUGGAAGGGACACUCCCCAAGCCCCAGUGCAGAGAGAAAGAAGAAGAGGGAGAGGAAGGAAGAAGGUGAAGAAGAAGUAUGGCGUCUAGUGUAGUGCAGGGACUACAUUUCUGCAGUCCUCCAUCGAUUCUUUCAUCAUCGAGGAGCAAAACCCAUGUCACCACUCCCCUUUCCAGGACCUCUCUCUCUCGACCGCUUUCGAUGGGCAAGAGAGUUGUUGUCGCCGCAUCGAUCGAAAGAGUCGGCCUGGACGAGAAUCCGGAGGGCAUUAUUUCCGGCGAGUGGCCGGAGAACUUCUCGCUCCUUAGCUACGAGGACUUGCGGGCUUAUCUGGAGCCGGAGAUCCUCAAGGAGGAGAUUCAACCCUCUGCUCUGUUGGGAGAGGUGAUGGCCACGGUGAUUCGGACGGCGAUGGCAGACAACAAAUUGGGAGAGAUCGAUCAUCAUUUCGAGUUUGUGUCAGGGUUGCCGGUGGUCGACGAAGAGCUCGUAUGCAUCGGAAUUGUGUCGAAGGAGGAUAGGGCCAGAGCUAGUGAUGGACUGCAAUCGACGGUUGGUGAGGUGAUGAGCACAUCUGUGAUCACUCUUUCUCCUGAUAAGACCGUUCUUGAUGCUGCAACCUUGAUGCUAAGGGAGAGAAUUCACAGGAUACCCAUUGUUAAUGAAAGAGGUCAGGUUAUUGGAAUGGUGACUCGCAGUGACAUUUUCAAGGUGCUAAAGGACAUCUUGCGCUGAACAUUCCUCUGCUUCAGGCUGCCUUUUCUCUUAAUCCUUCAGUUAGUGUACAUAUACAUAUAGGAAAGUUACAAGAACUGGUUACUGGCACUGCUCUCUUGGGGUUUCGGAACCAUCUUUCGGAAAAAGAAGGCAUGGUCUGUGAUGUAUUGUCUAUACGACUUUAAGUCUGCGUCCGCAUCUGCUGCAUGGAGUAAACGGACCAAGGCUUUGGAUGAUGUUGUUGAAUGAUAUUAAUUUGGUGUGUGUGUAUACAUAUAUGUGAGUUAUGUAUAAGUUGAGUUAGUCUUCAUUUCAA